GACGUAGACAGGAACAACUUUCUAGACGUCGCUGCCCUUUUUGGGCGACUGCUGCUGUGGUUAUGCACAAUUACUUUAAGGAAUGACAAUGCCUGUACAGAGCCUGCCAGUCCGAGAUGGGUCCUUUCAUUUCCGUCUGCUCCAGCAGUAUUUGAUCCUCCUGAAAAAAUACCCGAUCCUCACUAAAUCUGUAACCAGUGGGAUCCUGUCAGCUUUGGGUAAUCUGCUUUCACAGUAUUUGGAAACCAGAAAAAAGGCCAAAGGUGGAGGAGGCCCAGUCAAUGAGAUCGAUGUGGGUGGAGCCACACGAUAUGCCAUUUUUGGAUUGAUUAUCACUGGUCCAGUGAGCCAUUUCUUUUACCAGCUGAUGGAGGUGUGGAUGCCAACCACAGACCCAUACUGUAUAGUCAAAAGACUCUUACUGGACCGACUCAUCUUUGCACCAGGCUUCCUGUUCAUUUUCUACCUUGUGAUGAACAUUCUGGAGGCUAAAGGUUGGGAAGAUUUUGAGAUGAAAAUGAGGAGGAGUUACUGGACAGCUCUGAAGAUGAACUGGAAAGUUUGGACCCCCUUCACAUUCAUAAAUAUCAACUUUGUGCCUGUUCAAUUUCGAGUGCUGUUCGCCAACAUGAUUGCCUUAUUCUGGUAUGCCUACCUUGCCACUGUGAGGAAAUGAGGGCUCGUUUGGACAAAGCUUCGACUGAGAAGAUUCGACCUAUUUCCUAAGAUGGCUGACUUUGUUUAUACAUAAAAUCUCUUGUUUGAUGGUUUAAUUUAUAUCGCUUUAAAAUUGUACAAUUUAAAAGGAUUUUUCAUGCUUUACUCAAAGAGGACUGUGUUGAAAAAAUGUAAUUUUUACAAAAAACAAAUUAGUU